GUGGCACUGGACGUCCCGCCUCCUCGAGCUCUUACGCAUUUCCGGGAGACAGCUUUCUUCUUCCGGAACACGUAAACAUGGCGCCCCCCACCCCGCUGUUAGCAGUGCGUGGAUCAGACUGUACCACUCUGCUGGAAGGUCCUCCAACCUGUGAGCAACACUCAGCCUUCAACAGGGACUCUCGGCCCAGCAGGUGUGUGACCUUCAGCAGAGACGGGACGUUGUUCGGAUGGUGCAACGGACGCAAUGUCUCUGUGGUGAAGGCUUCAGACGGCUCCGUGGUGUCGACCUUUGACCUUCCCAAGACGUCCCUGUUGUCUUUGUCCCCCCUGAGCAGCGUCCUGGUCACCUGGCAACCGUACAGCAAGACUCAGGACAGUCCUCAGGGGGAAGCCAACCUCCAGCUAUGGGACUUACAGAGCGGUCAGCUGAUCAAAGCUCUGUAUCAGAAGAAGGUGGACUCCUGGUGUCCCAGUUGGUCUGACGAUGAGAAGAUCUCUGUGCGGAGCGUCAACAAUGAGCUGCACUUCUACGAGAACAACGACUUCAACUCCAUCGCCAACAAGCUGCACAUGCAGAAGGUGUCAGACUUCGUGUUGUCACCUGGAGCUCAGCCCAGUAAGGUCGUCGUCUAUGUCCCGGGCAGUAAAGGAGCGCCUUCCUUUGUGCGUCUGUACCAGUACCCGGUGCUGGGCGGACCCACCGCGGCGCUCGCCAACAAGAGCUUCUUCAAGGCCGACAGAGUCACCAUGCAGUGGAACAAGAGAGCGUCGGCGGUUCUGGUGACGGCAAGCACCGAGGUCGACAAAACUGGAGCUUCGUAUUACGGAGAGCAGACGCUGCAUUACCUCGCCGUCAACGGAGAGACGGCCCUGGUUCAACUGCAGAAGAGUGGUCCAAUCUACGACGUGGCGUGGAGUCCGAACUCUGCAGAGUUCUGUGUGGUGUACGGCUUCAUGCCCGCCAAAGCCACCGUCUUCAACCUCAAAUGUGACCCGGUGUUCGACUUCGGGACUGGACCCCGAAACGCUGCCUACUACAGUCCUCAGGGUCACAUACUGGUCCUGGCUGGUUUCGGGAACCUGCGAGGUCAGAUGGAGGUCUGGGACGUGAAGAAAUACAAACAGGUGUCCAAACCUCAGGCGCCAGACGCCACACAUUUUUCCUGGUGUCCCGAUGGCGAGCACGUUGUCACGGCGACGUGUUCCCCGCGGCUGCGAGUCAGUAACGGUUUCAAGGUCUGGCACUACACCGGCUCCGUGCUGCACAAAUGGGACGUGGCAGCUGGUUCGGAGCUGUGGGAGGUCCGCUGGCAGCCGUUCCCCGACGGCAGCUUCCCCGAGCGGCCCGUCAAGUACCAGGCGGCGCCCAGCGAGCUGGGAACCACACAAGCCCCGCCCACACAGGCAUACCGCCCACCUGCACUGAGACACCUGCCGGCCACGCCCAGCGCCAAACUGCACGAGGAGGAGCCUCCUCAGAACAUGCGUCCUGGUGCUUCUGGAGAGAAAAGUCUCUCUAAAUCAGCUCUGAAGAACCAGAAGAAACGAGAGGCCAAGAAAGCUGCCAAACAGGAGGCGAAACCUGAAUCUCCAUCUGAGCCCGCCCCCGUCAGCAACAGCCAAUCAGAGCCGAGCAGCGGCGACCCAGAGACUGACAAGAAGAUGAAGAACUUAAAGAAGAAACUGAAAGCCAUCGAAGAGCUGAAGGAGCAACAGGCAGCGGGAAAAGUGCUGCAGAAGAACCAGCUGGAGAAGGUGCAGAAGGAGGAGCAGCUGCUGAAGGAGCUUGAGGAGCUGCAGAUCGGACAGUAGGGGGCGCUGCCGGACCCGCGGGCCCCGCCUCCAAUCCCACAAUGCACCACACACAGGCUUUUUUGUUGCACUUAAACAGACAGCAUCAGUUUCUCUAAUUUUCCGCCAAACUGUUUCCUGGUUUCUGUGAGGGGGGGGUGCAUUGUUGCCUUUGGUUGACCUGCCUGUUGCUGAGAGUCCAUUCCUCUUUAUUUGGAGGCUGCCUAAAUGAAUUCUGGGAGAUGUAGGAAGAAGCUGAAGUGAAAUGAAACAACAGAAAUCUGUUAAAGGAACAGUGCGACAUUUUAACUCUUCUUCUAGUGUUGAACUGUUCCUUUAAACUGUGUGUGUGUGUGUGUGUGUGCGUGUGUGUGUGUGUGUGUGUGCGUGUGUGUGUGUGUGCGAGUGUGUGCGUGUGUGUGUGUGCGUGCGUGUGCGUGUGUGUGUGUACAGCCCACUGAAGCCCUGUUGCUAUGCAACAUCUGUACAGUGUUCCUUUCAGAAUAAAAGCCUCCUAACUCCA